AUGGCUAUCAAAGUUGAGCAGAAGUUGAGUUGUCAUCGCAGUGGAGUGCAGCGGGGAGACAAUCCUCGGGGGAAGCUCACGCACACGUCGUCGAUGGAGGAUGCUAGGGGCACUCGCCGAAAACUCGUCGGACGAAGAAGCACAUCGACUUCCUCGGAAAGAGUGCCAGGGAGCGUUGGCGACGCUUACCUUUGA